AUGUCUUUUAAUCCUCGUGAAGAUUGGCUUCUUUGGCAAUUCGCCGAUUCGGCACUUCCAACUGGAGGCUUCGUUGCUUCUUCUGGGCUCGAGUCUGCAGCACAAACAGGGUACAUCCAUGACGCUGCCUCGCUUUCACUUUUUGUCUCUUCGAGUAUAACAAAUUACGCGUAUUCCGCCCUACCUUUCAUGAGCGAUGCUUGGAAGGUAUCUUAUGCAGCCGUAAAUGGGGAGUGUGUGUAUGAAGAGGAAGAAUUAUUGCGAGAAAUAAUGAAUUUUGAUGAUUUAUAUGAUGCUUGCACGAGUAAUACAGUUGCUAAGCGAGCUUCUAAAGCUCAAGGUGUUGCCAUGUUAACAUUAUUUGGAAAGUCUUUUUCCGGCGAGGAUUCGAAGGAAGGGGAAUCCAGUGAUGCAGUAUUAGAUAAGAUCUUAGAAAAAUUUAAAUUCGAGAUAAGACGUGGAAUAGCAUGUGGUCAUUUACCUGUGUGUUUUGGGAUUGUUGCUAGCUGUCUUGGUAUAAGUUUAGAACGUGCACAACAUUUAUUCCUUUUUCUUUUUGCGCGAGCAAUCCUGUCUGCGGCCGUGCGGCUCAACAUCAUUGGCCCAUAUUAUUCACAACGUGUGUUAACUGAGAGUCAAGUGUAUGUAGAGGAAGCUUUGGCAAAGACAAAGAAUCAUAGAUCUGAGGAAGCUGUACAGACAUCACCCUUGUUAGAUAUUUUUCAAGGAAGGCAUGAUAAAUUGUACUCUCGAUUAUUUAAUAGUUAA